UUUCAGUGUUAAGCUAAACAAGCGCUUUCCUUACUUGCUGUACCGUGUCGUGUUCAAUCAUCAUAUUUCAAGUGUAAAAGUAUUAAAAUCUGUUCAUUGGUACAUGUUAACAUUGAGUUACUGUCGGUAAUACAUUCCAUUUGUGGCUAGCAGCGAGACACUGUCCGACUUGUGCUGUUUCGAGUGUGUGUGUGUGUGUAUGCGCGCAUUGAACAUUUUACUGGAUUACCAUUAAUUUUGCGGCUGUUAAGUGAGGUUAUUUCCAUCUCCAGCGAAGGGUCGUGCUAGCUUCACCAGAGGAAAGGGUUUUGCUAAAGCUUUGUAUAUAUAGUCUUGUGUACCUCUUUUCGCCACUAGUAAAGCGCCUUUACCUUACCGGGAAGCCAAAAUAUGGAAGCAGGAAGUGAAAACGAAACACAGGAUGACGGUACCAUCAUUCGCAAUCCAACGCACUGCAGCGCUCCGAUCACGAAACAUGAGAUCCCGAAUUCGCCGUUUUUAUCUACGCUGGGUUUCAUAUCGGACGUUGUGCUACACCGGAUUCGUCGCCCGGCAGGGGUGGAGAAGACUACAGACCGCUUGCCAUGGGAUAUCAAAAGCUUGAAUAAGCGAAUGGAAGGCUUGACAAUAGAUUUCUAUUGCGAAUAUCUUGAGCAGGAAGCAAAGGUCGUACGGAAUUUGAACUUUCAACACAUCGCUGGAGCACUGGCUUGCGAAAGUUUGGAAGCAUGCAAACGACAGUUAGCAAUGGAAUACUGCUCGAAAACGCUAGCCGAUCAAUUAUGCUUACGAUACUCGACUCAGCAAGGACCAUUGGAAGCAGCCAACGCGUACAAAGUUGUGCUGGCAAUCCUCGGUGCACUGGAUUAUCUGCAUACAAAGCAGCACAUCAUGCACGGCGAUCUCAAAUCGUUCAACAUUCUGACGGACAACGAUUUCGAAAACAUUAAACUGUGCGGAUUUGGUCCAAUGUCCAAAAGGCUUACCGCAAAUGGAACGGUGGAGUGUGGCAUGUAUAGCGUCGCGAUUGGCUUAUGGUCGGCACCGGAGGUGCUCGAUAACUCUGGCAACAUUACAGCCAAAUCUGACAUGUUUUCAUUCGGGCUAGUCAUCUUCGAGAUGAUUGCUUGCAUGCCGCCGCAUACAUUUCCUGGCAUAAGAGACUAUGUUAUUGCAGCUCCCAAGGAAUUAAAGGAGAUGCGUAACAAAGUCCACAAGUUGGACGUCGUUAAUGACGAAGAAUUUGGUUCAACUCUUCCUCCAGAGCUCGCACGAAAACGAGUAUAUGCCCGCAAACGAAAAUCGCCGAUUUUGCUCCCUGAAUUGAAACGAAUUAAAUACGAUGAAGUAAUUGAUCUGGUGGAGGAAGAUGAAACGAUUAAAGAUGAGCCAGUCGAUAUGGAAGGCAAAGAGAACAAGCCAAUUGGCAAUGAAACAAUUGCAGCUGGAAAAGAAUAUGACUCGAUUGAGAAACAAUCGACAAUCAUUAAGGAAAAUGAUAGUGUCGGUAAAGCAAACGACGCUGUCUUAAACGAAAAGGAUGCGGUCGGAAUAGAAAAGGAUGCGGUUGGAGUAGUAAAGGAUGCGGGCGGAAUAGAAAAGAACGAAGCCGAAGAACAAAAACCAUCCGAAGAACAGAAACCACCACCAACACUAACGAUCAACGAAACGGCUGAUACAGCACCGAAAGUGGAUAGCUCAACCGAUCCAUUGCCGCAAUCAAACGACACCGAUGAUAGUGCUGCUACAAAAGUGAAAGAACAAACCGAAUCAGAAGUGGUGAUAGUAUCGCCGGAAGUGGUCACGGUGUUUGACAGUUCCGAUGAGGAAGCCUUUGUUCCAAUCAAAUCGUACCAGGUACAAAGUUCGGAGGAAUUCGACUCGGAUGAGGAUCACUCAGAGUGCUUUUCCGGAGACAUGUGCGAAGGGGAUGAGUAUGAGAGCCCGGAAGACGAGGAGAACUCGGACAUGGACGGUAACUUUCUCAAUUAUGGGUGUCUCGGUACUCGUCCACCGCUGCCGAUCGAACCAGCGUUCGGCAAGGAGUAUGACAAGCUGCUGGAAAUGUUUUACGCUUGUACGACCAAAAACUAUGCCUUGCGUCCUUCCGCCGCGCAAAUUUUACAAGCCUAUCAGGACAACAAGGAAACACAGCCGUAAUGUGGAGCGCUUUCGUUUCUUUAUAAUACUUUGAACUUUGUCACAUCUUCCGGUUACUUUAAAAUAUCUGUAACCAGGAGUUUGUUUUUUUGUAAUUUUGAAACAAUGAAUUACCUAACAUAUGCGUUGUCGUUGUUUCAUCGAUGAUUUCAUUGAAACUUAGUUAUUUAUAUUGAUUAGAUUAUUUUCUCACCCGGAUCAACAUCUCAUGGUGUACAUAAUCAUUUUUGCGCAUAUGCUUCGAUUAGACGCGAUUUCGGAAUGAAUUCCGCUCUUACUCUCCUGUUACGGACAAUGCUUAACUGACUUGUAUUUGAUGAUUGCACAGCAAGGUUACGUUUUGCGAUUAUCUGAUAAGACGCGAUAUGUUUCGCGACACCCACUGAUUGAUCUCUGUAAGACGCGGUAGUUUGUUGAUUAAGACACUAGAUCCUUCAGGAAGUUGCCGCCGAACAAGAUAAAUCUUAAACAUGUAAAUAAAAUUCCUUGCAAGCCAUUGCAGAUGAACUGCUUACUAUACUUUAUAAAAGCACAUACAAAUGAUUAAAUAAACAUAUUUUGACUC